AUGAAGGUCCAAGGAAGUAAAGGGAAGGGAAUCAAAUCUGACGCGGGUAGAAAGCCAGAAAAAACAAAGGUCGUGCAUGCCGCAAAAAGAAUGAUGGGUGUUUCUUUUAAGGAGGUGCUCACUGGAUCCAAAGAAGGGGAGUCAGGAUCUUCGGAUUUGCUUCAGUUUAAAACUUCGGAUGAGGAAACACGAUGGCUAGAUGGAGCCUUCACGGGUUUCAUCAAAGAUGAAUUCUUGUGGGAAGAGAUUAAUGAAGAAAUCAAUAGCGAAUGUGCUGGGAAACUGAAGGUGACGACGAUGGGAGGAAAUUUGGUGUUGAUACGUAGUGUCUGCGACGCGCCAAUAGAAAAAAUUUUAACCGAGAUGGAUGAAUGGAGUGACUUCUGGUUUCAAUGGAAGAGGAAAUGGAACGUUGUGGAUGUGUUUCAACAACGAGUUGUGUGGACGAGGUGGGUCGGGAUACCACUCCAUGCAUGGAAUCCUCGUUUCUUUGAGUUGGCAACUGCAAAGUUCGGUCGGGUGUUGAAGAUGCAUGAGAAGACGAAAGAAAAAGAAAAACUGGAUGUUGCUUUGAUUCAAAUAUCCACGGGCCUUAGAUCCAUUGAUCAAGUGACGGAGUGUUGUAUUAAUGGAGCAAGGUUCACGUUUCGCAUUGAGGAAAUUCACGAGAACCCUUUCUCUUCCAUGAUCGGAGAGCCGGAAUUAGAGGAUUCGGCAUCGGAUGCAGGAUGGACGAGUGGGGAGGAGUCCAUGGAUCCGGCAGCUGCAACCAUCGGAGAUCGGAACGAGAGCGGUGAAAGGGGUGAUGAUGUUUCGGUUCUCCAAGAAAUCAACGUUUCGUCUCCUUCAAUUCAAACCGUUGCAGACACGUUUGUCGAGGAAACCAAUUAUGAGGGGGUGUUGGCGGGAGGAUCGAAAAUGCUUUUGAAUUUGGUUGGGGCAGAAGGUGAGGGUCAACCAAUCGUUAAGGAUGGGCAGAUGGACUGCCACGCUUUUCAAAGCCCAAAUCAGAUUUUAGAGGAACAGAAUUGGGUCGACUCUCAGAAGAUACAGGAAAAAAGCAUAACUGGUGGCUUUACUGAUGUUUCUCUUGAUGGGCCAGGAAGAAGCGUUUGUGAGGGAGAUUUAGAGCCAAUUGAUGGAAGGGGGGAGGAAGAGGCAGAGCAGGAAAGAGAGGGGGAGAACGAAGAAGGGCAGGAGACGACAGUUGGAGAGCAAAUUUCAGGUCAGCAGAUAUGGGAUUUUGGAAAGAAGAUCGGGCUGUCAAGUCGAAUUCCAGACGAAGAUGUUGCUCGACAGAUUGAGGUGCAAGAUAUAGCGAUUAGAAAUUCGGAGGGAAGGGCUGGAGGAAUUGUUUGCUUGUGGAAUAGGGAGGUUUUCGAAGCCUCUAGUACGUGGGAUUUACCAGGGGCGGUAGUGGUGAAUGGUAGGUACAAGGAGGGUGAUAUCUUAUGUUGCAUCAUCAAUGUGUACGCACCAAUCGGUUCAGGGGAUAAGCGGAUAUUGUGGGAUGCCUUAAGUUCAAUUGUGGAACAAAAUACGGAUAGGAGUGUAUGUAUCUUGGGAGACUUUAACUCUGUUAGGAGGAGGGAUGAACGUGUGGGCAGUGGGGAGGGGUUUGGAGUGGCUGAUGCAAGAAGUUUUGAAGAAUUUAUCCGGGAGAACGAUCUGGAGGAAAUUAAAACUCAAGGCCGGAAGUUUACUUGGUACAAACCAAAUGGAAAGUGCAAGAGUAAGAUUGAUCGUUUCCUCGUUAAUGAGAAUUGGCUGGCUGCUUGGGAAGGGACGUCGGCACGAGGACUUCAACGUUCAAUUUCGGAUCACUGUCCGAUUAUUCUCACUACAAGAUCGGAGGAUUGGGGACCAAGACCAUUUCGGUUCCUCAAUGCAUGGGUGAAUCAUUCGGAGUUCGAGGAGAUGGUCAAACAGGUUUGGACGGUGAAUAAUGUGGGGGGAUGGAGCUUUUUUGUGGUUAAGGAGAAAUUGAAGAAACUCAAAGAGGUAUUGAAGGUGUGGAAUCGGACUUCUUUCGGUGAGAUUGACAAUAAAAUCCAAGAACUUCAGAAGGAACUUCAAGAGAAGGAUAAGGUGGACGAGCAGAGAGGUCUUCAAGAAUCAGAGGUGAUCAGGAGAAAUGAGAUUCAAGCCCUGCUCUCCCUUCAACUCAAGAAUAAACAGAUGAUGCUGCAACAGAAAGCCAAACUCAAAUGGCUCAAAGAGGGAGACACUAAUUCGGGUUUUUUCCAUAGGGCAAUUCGUGGGAGACGGGUUAAAAACGAGAUUGGCGGAAUGCUCUUUGAAAACUCUUGGAUAUCUAAACCGGAAGAUGUUAAAGCAAGAGUGAGAAAUCAUUUUGAAGAUUUUUUCAAAAGGAAAGAACGACAGAUGCCUGAUUUCCCUAUAGACUUCAUGAGGAGGAAAAUUUCAAAUGACGAGAGGCAUUGGCUGAUAAGGGAUUUUGAGCUGGACGAGAUUAAAGAAGCAGUUUGGAGCUGUUGUGGAGAUAAGAGUCCGGGACCCGAUGGAUUUAACUUCACAUUCUGGAGAGCGGCGUGGCAUGUGGUUAAAGAGGACUUACUUCAGCUUUUGAAGGAAUUUCACGAAAAUGGAAAAAUUCCGAAAGGUGGUAACGCCUCUUUUAUUGUUCUGAUUCCGAAGAAAGAAGGGGCUGGGUCGCUCGAUGAUUUUCGCCCAAUUUCUCUUAUCACCAGCUUGUAUAAAAUUGUGGCUAAAAUCCUGGCUGAGAGAUUGAAGAGGGUUAUGGGGUCGAUCAUCUCCGAUAAUCAAAGUGCGUUUGUCAAGGGUCGUUUCAUCCUAGAUGGAGUGGUUAUUCUGAAUGAAGCUAUUUUUGAGUGGAUUAAAGGGAGUCUGGAAUCUGGAACGGCAAGUGUAUUGGUGAACGGGUCAUCGACGGGAGACUUCAACAUGGAGAGAGGUUUGAGACAGGGUGACCCGUUGUCACCUUUCCUUUUCCUUAUCGUGGCAGAAGGCCUCAACGAGUUCAUUGAAAGAGCAGCGGAGAGGCAGCACCUGGUUCCGGCGAAGAUUGGCAAGGAUAAAGUGCCCAUUUCACAUCUACAGUACGCGGACGAUACUAUCUUCUUGUUGGAGGCAGAUGACAGAAAUUUGGAGAGCUGGGAGUGGAUGAAGCAGUUGAGAGGAGAUGGGCAUCGCUCCUCAUGUGCAAGAUCGGAUCCUUGCAAGAUCGGAUCCUUUCCGUGUAACUACUUGGGUACUAAAGUGGGGGGGCGCAGCAAUGGUGUUGGAGAUUGGAAGUUUUUGGUUAAAAAGGUUUCAAACAAAGUGGCAAGCUGGAAGAAGAGACAUCUUUCGCUGGCAGGACGAAUUACUCUAGUCAAGUCGGUUUUGCAAUCCAUCCCGGUCUAUCAAUUAUCCCUCGAUUUCAUACCUAAAGCGGUGAGUAAGGAGCUUAAUUCACUGGUCUCAAAAUUUUUGUGGGGAGGAGGUACACAGACGGGGGUUAUCACUUGGUUUAAGUGGAAUGCCUUGUGUCUCAAUAAGGAUUCAGGAGGUCUGGGGUUCCGGAAUAUCGAUUGGUUCAAUCAGGUGCUGUUAAGUAAGUGGCUCUGGAGGUUUUUGGGGGAGGGGAAAGCUCUUUGGGUAAGGGUGAUCAAAUCGCUUUAUGGGGAGCUAGUGUGGGGGGAAGGGGGAGAAUGUUCGGUGGCGGGAAGAGGUGGACAGAAAGGGUGGUGGCAAAAAAUUGUGGAUAAGGGAGGAGGAAGGACAGAUCGGUGGUUCAUCAAUAAUUUGAGGCGAAGAAUUGGGGAUGGACUUGAGACCAGCUUCUGGGAGGAUGUGUGGGCGGUAGACAAACCCCUUAAGUUUGUGUUUCCGAGAUUGUUUAAUUUGAGCCUGGAUAAGAAAAGGCUGGUUGGUGAAAGCGGGUUUUGGGAGGGAGGGUCGUGGGUUUGGAGGGUGGAGUGGAGGAGGGAGUUAAGGGAGAGGGAGAAAGGGCUUGUGGAGGAUCUCCGGUUGGUGAUUGCUGAUUUUGCUCCUUGUGUAGAUGAAACAGACAGAUGGAACUGGAAUGCGACAACAGAUGGAUGCUUCACAAUCAAACAGACUUAA